CUGGGGGCGGCGGAGGCGACGGCAGCGGUCCCAGCGGCAGCCGCGGCGGGAGGAGCCUCCGAGAAAUGGAUGAAAAGAGGCUGCUGGAUCCAGGGUUGAAGGUUCAUAAAGGCCUCUGGGAUUACACUCUGAAGAACCAGCAGAUGGAAUGCCGGAGUGACUGAAGAAAAUGGGUGCUAAUGCAUCUAACUAUCCUCAUUCAUGUUCCCCAAGGGUAGGGGGAAAUGCACAGGCCCAGCAGACUUUCAUAGGAACAUCAUCCUAUUCUCAGCAAGGCUAUGGUUGUGAAUCAAAGUUGUAUAGCCUUGACCAUGGCCAUGAGAAACCACAAGACAAAAAAAAGAGAACCUCUGGCCUUGCCACCCUCAAAAAGAAGUUUAUUAAACGCCGAAAAUCAAAUAGGUCAGCUGAUCACGCCAAGCAGAUGCGAGAACUCCUCUCCGGGUGGGAUGUUAGAGACGUCAGUGCACUAGUGGAAGAGUACGAGGGGACUUCAGCCUUGAAGGAGCUUUCUCUGCAAGCCAGUUUGGCUAGACCAGAAGCGCGGACCCUGCAGAAGGAUAUGGCCGGCCUUUAUGAGUACAAGUACUGCACUGACGUGGACUUAAUAUUUCAAGAGACUUGCUUUCCUGUUCAUCGCGCCAUUUUGGCAGCAAGGUGUCCAUUUUUUAAAACACUGCUUUCUUCCUCACCUGAGUAUGGGGCAGAGAUAAUAAUGGACAUCAGUACAGCUGGUAUUGACAUGCCCAUGUUUUCUGCCUUGUUACACUACCUUUAUACGGGAGAGCUUGGCAUGGAGGACUCAAGGUUUCAGAAUGUCGAUAUCCUUGUUCAGCUGAGUGAAGAAUUUGGAACACCAAAUUCGCUUGAUGUAGAUAUGCGUGGACUCUUUGAUUACAUGUGUUACUAUGAUGUUGUCCUUAGUUUUUCUUCAGAUUCUGAACUAGUUGAAGCUUUUGGUGGAAAUCAGAAUUGUUUAGAUGAAGAGCUCAAAGCCCACAAGGCUAUCAUUUCCGCACGGUCCCCAUUUUUCCGAAAUUUAUUACAAAGGAGAAUACGGACUGGUGAAGAAAUCACAGACCGAACUUUGAGAACUCCCACAAGAAUUAUUUUAGAUGAGUCCAUUAUACCAAAAAAAUAUGCAAAAGUGAUAUUACACUGUAUGUAUACCGAUGUGGUGGACCUCUCUGUUUUACACUGUAGCCCCUCUGUGGGGAGUCUCAGUGAAGUUCAGGCUCUCGUCGCAGGGAAGCCAAACAUGACCAGGGCAGAAGAAGCCAUGGAACUCUACCACAUAGCACUGUUCUUGGAAUUUAACAUGCUUGCACAAGGCUGUGAGGAUAUCAUUGCUGAGAGCAUCUCAUUAGAUACUUUAAUUGCCGUCCUCAAGUGGAGCGCACAUCCAUACGGCUCUAAGUGGGUGCACCGACAAGCUUUGCAUUUCCUUUGUGAGGAAUUAUCCCAGGUCAUGACUUCGGAUGUUUUUUAUGAACUCAGCAAAGACCAUCUGCUUACUGCUAUCCAGUCUGACUACCUACAGGCAAGUGAACAAGAUAUCCUUAAGUAUCUGAUUAAGUGGGGUGAGCAUCAGUUGAUGAAGAGAAUAGCAGACAGAGAGCCAAACUUACUGAGUGGCACUGCACAUAGCGUGAACAAGAGAGGUGUGAAAAGACGAGACCUGGACGCAGAAGAACUCAGAGAGACCCUUUCUUCUCUCCUGCCUUUUGUGCGAAUUGAACACAUCUUACCUAUCAACAGCGAAGUUUUAAGUGAUGCUAUGAAAAGAGGCUUAAUCAGUACACCUCCUUCAGAUAUGCUUCCUACCACAGAAGGAGGAAAGUCAAAUGCCUGGCUACGGCAAAAAAAUGCUGGCAUAUAUGUUCGUCCUCGGCUGUUUUCUCCCUAUGUGGAGGAAGCUAAGUCGGUACUAGACGAGAUGAUGGUGGAACAAACAGACCUGGUGCGACUACGAAUGGUUCGAAUGUCCAAUGUUCCCGACACACUUUACAUGGUCAGCAAUGCCGUGCCACAGUGCUGCCACAUGGUCAGCCACCAGCAGAUCAGCAGUAACCAAUCAAGCCCUCCGUCCGUUGUAGCCAAUGAAAUUCCAGUUCCUCGUCUCCUCAUUUUGAAAGACAUGGUGAGGCGCCUGCAAGAACUACGGCACACGGAACAGGUGCAGAGAGCCUAUGCACUGAACUGCGGGGAGGGUGCCACUGUCAGCUACGAAAUCCAGAUCCGAGUGCUAAGAGAGUUUGGUCUUGCAGAUGCUGCUGCAGAGCUCCUGCAGAAUCCUCACAAGUUCUUUCCCGAUGAACGUUUUGGGGAUGAAAGUCCACUCUUGACGAUGAGACAGCCUGGGAGAUGCCGCGUCAACAGUACCCCUACUGCAGAAACCAUGUUUACAGACCUGGACUCUUUUGUGGCCUUCCAUCCACCUUUGCCCCCUCCUCCCCCUCCAUACCACCCUCCAGCUACCCCAAUCCACAACCAGCUCAAGGCAGGCUGGAAACAAAGGCCUCCCAGCCAUCACCCUUCCCGGUCAUUUUCCUACCCCUGUAAUCAUUCACUGUUUCACUCCAGAACAGCUCCUAAACCUGGCCCUCCUCCAAUCUACUUGCCAGGUGUUAAAGUAGCACCUCCUGAUUGUACCAACACCACAGGCCUGGGGAGACAGACAGUUGCUGCUGCUGCUGCAGCUGCUGCUGCCUCAGCAGCAAUAAUAUCUGAGAAGCAAGUGUGUACACAGCCUGUGCUGAAUGAUCUGAUGCCAGAUAUCGCCAUGGGAGUAUCUACAUUGUCACUCAAGGACAGAAGGCUCCCAGAGCUUGCUGCAGACACAGAAUUAUGCCAGCCAGUUUCUGAAGCAGGACCAGGGCCUCCCCAGCAUCUCUCAUGUAUUCCACAGAGACAUACACACACAUCUCGGAAAAAACACACACUAGAGUUAAAACCAGAUGGUAGAGAAAAUCAGCAGGAAUACCCAGAUCUGUAUGACUUCUCGAAUGCUGCUUGCAGACCUUCCACUCCUGCUCCUGGCAGGCGCACUCCUUCCCCUUCACAUGGUAGAUACUUUGGUCCAGACUUGUACAGCCACAAUAAGGCAUCACCAAAUGGCUUAAAGUCAGCUUACCUACCUGGUCAGACCUCUCCUAAAAAACAGGAAGAUGCUAGGAGAGAACACUCACUUUCUCCUGAUGGGCAUCUACACAAGCAGAAGAAUGAGCCAGUGCGCCUGGAUGUUGUUCAGCAGCCUCCGCAGAGGUCAGACUUUCCGUCAACAGCCUCGGAAAAUGCUGGUAAUGGUCCAGCCCAUGUCAGGGCACGAACUGCAGUAGAAACUGACUUGACUUUCGGGCUGACACCUAACAGACCUCCUUCCCAUUCUGCGUGUAGCUCUGAAGCUCUCGAAGAGCGAUCCAGUAGAAGACUGACAGACAGUGAGUCCCUGGGCCGCGGAGCUCAGAGAAACACAGAUCUGGAAAGGGGUGAUUCCAUUAGCAGAGGAAGGCGGUCACCAAGCAAGCCAGACUUCCUCUACAAAAAGUCUGCCCUCUGAGAGCAGCUUCCGAGUCUGUGCCUGCGAUGGGAGACAUCCUAUCUUACCAUGUGACCCGACAACUUACUGACUGCUUUAUUGAUGCCA